AUGGUCACGAAGCAGCCUUUCCCCGAGCUGACUCUGGAGGACUACGACCCUGCUCCGAGCAAAGAGCUCAUCUGCGUCAUCUGCCGCUCGGUGCUACGAGAGCCCGUCGAGUGCCCGUGCCGCCAUGUCUUCUGCAAGAGCUGCAUCAGCACGUGGCUGGAGGAGAGCAGCACCUGCCCCGUGUGUCGAAUCCCGGCAGCCACUUUCGUGUCCACCCUACCUCUCCUCCGGAACAUGAUCAGUCAGCUCACAGUCAAGUGCCGCAACCCCGGCUGCAGCACUAGAGUUGCUGCGGAAAACUAUCCAGCGCACAUGGUCGUGUGCAAGUUCCAAGAGGUGCCAUGCCCGCACGACUCGUGCGAGCACCGCUGCCCGCGCCGCGACAUCGGCGGCCACGUCAGGACGUGCCCCUUCCGGUUGGUGACCUGCCGUCCCGGCUGCGGCGUCGUGCUCUCCGCCGGACAGCAGACGGCACACUUAUGUAUACCACGACUCGAAAGGGAACUCGAGGAGAUGACGGCGGAACGGAACAACUGGAGGUGCAAGGCGGAAAACUACGCGCUGGGUGCCCUUCACAACAGCGUCAUUGGGCACGGCGCCACCGCGGAUGGUCUGACGAACAACGUGGAAGACUCUGGUCCUCGUGGGACCAGCGCUGAAGCCAUGGCGGUGACGGGUGGCGGGCUGCAGCCCAGCAUUCGGCCACCCUCGCCCGGUGUCAGCGGCAGCCUGUCUGAAGAAAUGCGGCUCGGCUCCAGGACAGCGCGGAUGCUCGAAGAGGUCGACAGUGACACGGACAGCGGGUGGGAUAGUAGCUUGAGCACUUGUUGGAGCUAG